AUGUCGGCAGUACUGGAUCCCUUGGUUGUGGCUCGAGUCAUACACGAUGUGUUGGAUCCGUUUACAUCAACUGUCCCACUCAGCAUAGGCUACAACAACAGGCUAUUUCAGCGAGGUGCUGAGCUGAGACCAUCUGCCGUCGUAAGCAAGCCGCGAGUCGAUGUCGGUGGCAAUGACAUGAGACUUCUCUACACCCUGAUGCUGGUGGAUCCAGAUGCCCCAAGCCCAAGUCACCCAACACUAAGGGAGUACUUGCACUGGAUGGUGGCAGACAUCCCUGGAACAACUGGUGUCAGCUUUGGCCAGGAGCUUGUAGUUUAUGAAAGACCGGAGCCAAGAUCCGGCAUCCACCGGAUGGUGUUUGUGCUGUUCCAGCAACUAGGUAGGGGGACAGUUUUGGCGCCAGACAUGCGGCAAAACUUCAGCUGCAGGAGCCUCGCACGGCAGUACCACCUCAGCAUUGUGGCCGCGACAUAUUUCAACUGUCAAAUGGAAGGUGGAUGGGGCGGGAGAAGGUUUCGGCCAGAAAGUUCUCAAGGAGAGUAG